AUGGCGAUUUCUUCCUCUACAACCACCCAAGCCGUCGAUGCUUUGAUCAAAUGGAAGAACACCCAAUCAGAGUCCAACAAUCCACAGUUAUUGCCCCAAGACGACUUCAUUUACCUUAUCGUCACACUCAAAAAAAUCCCACAAAAAGGUGGAAUUAAUGGAGUUAGAACGAACCCUAAUAAAAUCCCUCUCCCGCAUCCCCUCCUGUCUGCCACCUCUUUUUCUGAGCUCUGUCUAAUUGUCGACGAUAGACCGAAAUCAAAGCUCACUUCACAAAUCGCAAAGAAGAAGAUAAAGGAAGACGGAAUCUCGGUCACCAAAGUCAUCAAGCUUUCGAAGCUGAAAAGCGACUACAGGCCUUUCGAAGCAAAACGCAAGCUCUGCGAUUCGUACGAGAUGUUCUUCGCUGACAAAAGGGUAAUUCCACUUCUUCCUAAGUUAUUAGGUAAACAGUUUUUUAAGAAAAAGAAGUUGCCUUUACCUGUUGAUUUGAGUCAUAAGAACUGGAAGGAGCAAAUUGAGAGAGCGUGUUCGUCUGCUUUGCUGUUUUUUAGCACUGGAACGUGCUGUGUGGUUCGUGUUGCUAAGGUAUCGAUGGAGAGAGAUGAGAUUAUCGAGAAUGUAAGUGCUGCCAUUGAAGGAGUUAUUGAGUUUAUUCCAAAGAAGUUAGGUGGUGUCAGGUCUUUGCAUUUGAAGUUUUCAGAGUCUGUUGCAUUGCCUUUGUAUCAAUCUUUGCCUGAUAUUAAGUUGAGAAUCGAAGGACUUAAAGAACAGAAUGUCGAGCAAGAAUUGAUAGAAGUUAAAGAAUCUGGUAAGAAGAAAAAGCUGAAGAAGGAGAGAAUUCAUGAGGCUAACCAUGAUAUGGAAGAAGAUGAAGAUGAAGAUGAAGGAGGGGAGAUUGAAAACAACGAUUCAGAAGUCAAGCCAACAAAGAAGAGUGCUAAAGACAAGAAGGUUGCAAAAGAUUCUGAUAAGAAGAAAAGGAAGGAGAGUUUGGUUGAAGUUAAUAAUCCUACCACAGCUCCAAGCAGUAAAAAGGCAAAGAAAAAGGUGGAGGAAGUAGUGGUAGAAAUUGAGAGAAUGGAAGAGAAGAAAACACCAAAAAAGGGAAAGAUCAAUGAAGAUGAAGGGGGAGAGAUUUUGAACACUGAAGUGAAAUCGGGAAAGAGUGCUAAAGAAAAGAAAAGGAAGGGGAGUGUUGUUGAAGUGAAUGAUGUUAACACAACCCCAAGUGUUAAAAAAUCAAAAAAGAAAGGUGAGAAACCGAAUGGAGAAUCUGGAAAGAAGAAAGGAGGAAGAUCAGCAUCAAGAGGUUAA